UUCGUAGUUAUCUCUCCCUCACGAUUUCACUCUUGAUUGUAGGGUUUGUGCCGUUUGCUGCUGUUGUGUGAGACGAUCGGUGCUUCAAUGUGCCCCUACAAGUUUGUCCCUUUUUUGCUUUCACUACAACAAAACUGGAUUUUUACGGCUUUACAUUAACGACAUACAAUAAAUGCAAGUUGUAAUUUCUCACUUUUACGACUUGUUUUUUUUGUAUGUCGUAAAUAAUUUUCCAAUCAUGACAUGUUUAUUGCGUAAGUCGUAAAUACUAAUAACAAUGAUUUUUUACAACUUGCAAUGUUAGCCGUAAAUAAUAAAACUUUCUAUGAUGUGCAUAUGGCAUGUCGUUAAUACAUCAAUUAUACACGAUACAUAUACGCUAGUUGUUAAAAAUAUUACACUUUUCACGUCGUACAAAACAAUUGCCGUUAAAAUAUUACACUUUUUACGACCCAUAAUUUAUAUGGUUAAUGGAAUGAUCAAAAAAAAAUAAGCGUCAAAAUAAAAUUUCUGGCGCCAAUUACCAAAUAUAUGUAUAUAUAAUUUUUUUUCCAAAAUAACUCUUGAUCUAGUUCCUCUAAUCAGAAAGGAACAUAGCAAGGGUUUCAAUCUCUCUCUCUCUGAUGAUGAGGCUGAAUCAAUUGUUGAGGGUUACCAGGAUCAUCUCAUCUCUUCUCUUCGGUUGUAUCUGAAAUCAAAGGUGUUCCAUUCGAAGGAAGAAUAUAGAAAAUUGUUCAAAGGAAGGUGGACAGGUGUCAUAACCAUAGUUCUCAACAAUUCCAAGUUCGUAGUCACCUUCUAGAACCGUCCCGACGAGAUCGAGUUUGGGUUUUCGGAGUUGUAAGUUCACCGGGAGUGGGUCAACGGCAAAUGGGUCUAACCCGAAAAGCAGAUCGAUAUGGUACUUUAACUGGUUCUCGUAAGGGCGAGAAAGUUUCAAGGCAAGAGUAUUUGAAGAAAAUGGAGCAAAAGAAACUGAAGGAGCUUAGAGAUGAUAUAGAAGACGAGCAGUAUCUAUUUGAUGGUGUAAAAUUGACUGAGGCAGAAUAUGGUGAACUAAGAUAUGUCCUUGAAUCCGUAAAGACAAUAUGUGCAUCAUUGGGAAAUAAAAGGCAUUUAAUGACCAGUUUUUAGCACUCCAAGUUUUUGGUUGUUCCAUUGUUGGUUAGGCUUUUGGCUCAGCUUGCUCUUAAUUGGUUCCCAUCGGAGAGGUGCAGUUGUAGCUGUUGUUUACUCACUGGUUUUGGUGCUUGUAAAGAGGUGCUACUACUGCUGUAUUGUUGCCGCUACUGGUAAACUGCUGAUGUAUGGUUUGGUGCUGCUAAACUGUUUAUUUUUCAAUUGUUCCUUUUCUUCUAGUGUGCUGGGCCCUCCGUUACAUAAAUGCAAUACGCAUUGGCAGGCUAUGAACUGGGGCAGUUGUGUGGACUGGUUAUCUGGGCAAUUCUCUGGUCAUUCUUUGGCCACUAGUGCUAAGAAAUUAAUGCUUACUUGUACUAUUU